CUCCCUCUUUUGGCAUUAAAAAUAUUUUUAUUAUUCAAAUAAAGACCAAUAUUUGGAUAUGGAUAUGAUUUCAUAAUAAAUACUAUGUGAACGAAGAUGCAUAUAAUUAGCACACUGAAUAAUGAAAUAUCACACAUUGAAAAAUAUUGCUUAUGAGAAUCCGUUUGCAAUUCCCGAUGACACCCUACAUAAUGAAGUUCCGCCAAUUGUUCACGUUACAGAGCCUACAAAUAAUAAAUUUCGAUGGCAUCACAUAGAAGAUUUGGACACUUUUUUUGCACGUAUAUACAAAUAUCAUCAAAAACAUGGAUUUAUAUGUAUGAUGGUUGAGGAAAUAUUGGAGGCUGUUCAAUUUAUGUUUAUAAUAUGUUUGUCAUUUUUUAUGAUACAAUGCAUCAACUAUUCUAUCAUAUUUAAGUUUCAUGAUUGGAUAUUAAUUAGUCCUAAUAAAACUAAAACAACAUUUGUAACUCAGCUAACACAUAAAGUGGAAGAACAAAAUGAUACAUAUCCAGAUUCAAUUAUUCCUUUAUCAAUAUGUGGAAGAAGAUAUUUAUCUGCUAAACCUAGCAACCCCUUUUGGUUCAUUUGCCUCCUCUUAGCUUGUUUGUUUCUUAUAGUUAGAUUGCUUAGAAUAAUCAGACAUUUUUUUCAGUACCUUGAAAUACGAUCAUUUUACAUCAAUGUUCUCAACAUACAAUCUCGUGACUUGCCAUACAUAACUUGGCGAACCGUGACUGACCGCCUAAAACUCGUCCACAAAACUACCCACAGGCUGAGCGUUCACAAAGCCGAACUAACGGAUUCUGAUAUUCUGCACCGGAUGCUUAGAUUCGAUAAUUAUUUCACUGCUUUGGUUGGAUAUGGUCAAAAUGGCAGGCUUAACGCUCAAUACAAUAACAACAUAAACGUAUUAGAUAAUAAAGGGGGACAAUCGGGGGGAGAUCUCUUACCGCUUAAUUUUAGAUUGCCCAUACUUGGGUGGGAUCUGUACGCGCUCAACCAGGGCUUGUCUUAUAAUCUCGAGCUGAUUUUGUUUAGAGGCCCGCUGUCUCCUUUCAAAACCAACUGGCAGCUCAGGGACGAAUACAAAAAAGCGGUUUGUCGCCUGGAAAUAGCUGAGAAAUUGAGGAAACGUAUCAUGAUUUACGGAAUUUUGAACUUAAUUCUAUCCCCGGCUAUUUUUAUGUGGCAAAUUUUAUACUACUUUUUCGCCUACGCCCAGAGUGUGAGAAAUGAUCCUGGAACAGCACUGGGUACCAGGGUUUGGUCACCAUACGCCCGCGUUUAUUUUCGCCAUUACAACGAACCAGAGCACGAGUUAAAGGUUAGGCUAGCUAGGGCUUACCCUUACUCGAUUCGAUUUGCCGCUUCCUUCAACUCCCGUUUAACUAUUCUGAUAGCUAAAUUUGGAGCAUUUUUUAGCGGUUCUCUCAUUAUAGCUGUUCUUGUAAUUUCUGCUACGAUAGCUUUUACGAGUCAAGCGCAAACACAAAUCAAGAAUCAAGGCAAUGAGGCAUCAGCUCUCUUAACACUUCUAACGCUUUUGGGAAUAAUAUACGGCGCUUGUCGCUCUUUGACUGGACCGGACCCUGACGGUGAUGAAUGCCCACUUCUCAACGUUCCCACCCAAAGAUCUUCUUCCCUUCAAAAGGUAUUGGCCCAUGUUCAUUAUUUGCCCGCUGAUUGGUUCGUUUCUUCCUCUGCAUUCAACAAAACCGAAGAUUUUCAAAGGGGCGAAAUCAUCCGGGACGCUUUUUGUUCUCGAUUUUUCGAACUCAAAUUGGCUCACUUUUUGCUCGAAACACUCAGUCCAGUUUUGAAUCCUUGGAUACUUUGCAAAGCUCUUGCACCUAAAAGCUUAGAAAUCGUGGACUUUUUCCGAAAUUAUACGAUUGAAAUUGAAGGCGUGGGUGAUGUUUGUUCGCUGGCCAAUGGACUACCCCCUUACUCACCUUUGCACAAUGAUUUAAAGCUUAUGAAACUAGAUCAAAGUGCUGACUCGGCCUGCAGUUGCCGAUCAGAUAAUGAUAACUUUCAAAGCCAAUCAAGUCAUGGUAACUUAACUCGGGAUAGUUAUACGUUAUCCAAUAGACCUCUUUUCCCUUACUGUCCAGUCGUGGAUAAAACUAAACUUUCUCUAAUAAAUUAUCUUGCGGCAGGUCAUGAUAAUCAAGAAAUCAACGUUUUAGAUCAAUUGAGCCCGAAGAAAAAGAAACCUGCAGGGGACACGUUGGGUGUGAACAACCAAAAGCGUGGCAAUAAUUUCGGCGGAUUAAAGGAAAGUAAAAAUGAGGGAGUGAACGAAAUAUUAGAUGAAGAAAAUAAUGUGAACGAAAAUUGUUUGAUGGAUUCGCUUCUGGUUAUGUCCACACUUGGGGGAGGUUACGCAAUGGUAGCCAACGAUUUAUUAGUAAAUGGCCAAAGUUCAUUCCUUAAGAAUAAUGUCCUCAGCUCUAUAUGUAAUACUUACAAGGAGAGUAGUGAUAAAAUUAGGAGUGCCAACUUUGUUCGGAAUUCUUUGAUCCCACAACCACUCCUAACUUCCUUGCAGAAUUUUCUCCCAGACUCUGAUAUGGUUAGGCGAUUCGAAAGGAAUAAAUUUAUACCUCAUGGAAAAAACACCGUUUUGCCCCUAUCCGUGGUUGACAUGAGUCUCACCGUUUUGUUUUAUUAUAAUAAAUACUCUAAAAGCACUUUCACCACGAAUUACCAUGUUCGAGAACAAAACGAAUUCGACCUAGAUUUACCGAAAAGCGAAUACAGCUCUUUAUCUAAACUAUUUCAAACUUCGAUUCAAAGGCUUAUAAAAUCAUCUAUUCUAAAGACAACAAUUAAUCAUCGUCAAGGAAAAAAUAAUCAAAUCUGGAAAUCUAAUAAUUUUGGUCAUAUUUUAUCCGCCAAUCAUAAUGAUAAGAAUGUAGAAGUGUAUUGCGACGAAUCAAAAGGCGAUAAAGAACACGCCAGAAAAUCGAAUAAAAGAGAUGACGUGGAUGAAUCCGACGAAAAUUAUCCUCUUCUGAUGAAGAGUUACCAUCCCGUGUAACGGAUUUUUGGAAAAUAUUUAUUGCGUUAUUUUGAAAUAGGUUUUUAUUAUUUAAAACACUAUUUUAAAAUGUAUAUUUUAGAAUGAUAAAAUCAUGUGAAUUAAUUACGUACGAUUUGACAUUUAUAAGAAUUAUAUAUUUAACCAAAUAUUUAUUUAUGUAUCAUAUAGGCAUAGUCAGGAACCCCCCUUCCCCCUCACUUUUAUUAGAAAAUCCUAUCAGACUAUGCUAUAUGAUAAGCGCGCCAUUUAUGCUUAUACCCUUUUAAACCAAAAUUAAACAUUAUAUUAUAAAAAAAAUUAUAUUUAUAGUAAUCUCUAUAUUAUUUAUAUUAACCCAAUAAUGAGAUGGGCAUCCUAUUUUUUUGCUCGCAAUAUUUUAUUUUUCUGUAAUAUGUUUGUAUUAAAAAUUAUAUUUGUGAACAAAGAUUUAAUUUUUUAUUUAGUUCCUUUUCUUCAAAAAAAUGCAAGACCAUGUAUUCGCAUAAACCUUGUUAUUCAUAGGUAUAUUUAUCUUGACUCUUAUAGCAUAAUAUAUUAUUAUUGUUUUUAAAAAGAAUUUAUUAUUAAUAUUUUAUAGUAUACUGUAAAAGAUCUUAUAAUUAAAUUGCAAAGCGAUGGAACCUACACCCCCCCCCCCUAGUCAAAGUACAUGAAACCCAUUUAAUAUUUUCACUAUUUUUUUUUACAAGGUACAAACAAAUUAUCAUUACAACAUACAUAUUUUUUUUAAAUGAUUAAUUUUAUCUCCUUCCAAUGCAUACUUUCUCUAGAAUAAUUCAGGCUUUUAAAAAAAAAUAUUUGUUUUUAUCUUUUUUGUAGAAUUUUAUUCAUAUCAAUUAUUACUGCUUUUAAUAUCAACAAUUUUAAAAGAAAUUUUUACCUUGUU